UAUUAUCCACCCUCUGUCAGUCUUGCGUUCCAGACUCUCGAACCAAUAAGAGGGGAUGAAGCCUUCCGUCUCUCACCGGCAUGCGCGCCUCUGCUAGUGUUGUUUUGCUGGUGAGAAAUUUCUCUCUCUCUGUCUUUUCUUUGUGCGCGCGCUCAUGUAUGGGACUCCGCACUCCUCGUCACCUGUAGGGCUUUGAACGAACCCUAGGGUUUUGCUGACAAUUACCAUCUCGGCAUCUGAGGUAGUGUUUUGCAGCAGGAAGGGAGCAAGGAUGUAGAAUUUUAAUGGAUAACCAACAGAAGCGGUGUUGCUAUCCGUAGACCUACUCUUUCUGCAAUGAGUAAUGCCUGCAUCACUAGAUUUUGCAGUAUUCGCCAUAAAGCAGCAAAACCGCUCCCUUCAAGGGAAAAGUGUGGAAGUCAAUAUUUUAGAACUUUUUCCUCCUGCAACCCAACAUUGAUUUCUUCUGCUGGUCAUAUCAACUGUCGGCCAUCAUCAUUGGUAAUUGCAGGUCACCUUACCCCAUUUGAUGCUCCACAGCGUUCAGAUCAAUGGUUUGCCCUCCGCAAGGACAAGCUAACCACCAGUACCUUCAGCACAGCUCUUGGCUUUUGGAAAGGUAACCGCCGUUCUGAAUUGUGGCAUGAGAAAGUUUUUGCAUCAGAUGCACAACUAAUGGGAGCUCCUAAAAUUAGUGCCAUGGAAUGGGGCAUGCUUAAUGAAGCAGCAGCUAUAGAGCAGUAUAAAAACAUCACGGGCCAUGAUGUGAUUUCCUUAGGGUUUGCAAUUCAUUCAGAGAAGCAGUUUGACUGGCUGGGUGCCUCCCCAGAUGGUCUCCUUGGGUGUUUUCCUGUUGGUGGGAUCCUAGAAGUGAAGUGUCCAUAUAACAAAGGGAAGCCUGAGGCAGGUUUGCCAUGGUCAAGUAUGCCUUUUUAUUACAUGCCGCAGGUGCAGGGUCAAAUGGAAAUAAUGGACAGGGAAUGGGUAGACCUGUAUUGCUGGACACCAAAUGGGAGCACAUUGUUCCGAGUUUGCAGGGAGCGUAGGUAUUGGGAGCUGAUACAUGGAAUUUUACGGGAGUUCUGGUGGGAACAUGUGGUUCCUGCAAGAGAAGCCGUGUCGCUAGGGAGGGUGGAGGAUGCGAGGCUGUAUGAACCAGCUUCAAAGCACAAAAUGACCGGGUGGGCCAUUAAAGAGAGCCUUAAGUUGGCAGCCGGGGCAAAAUUGUUGUGCCGGGAUAUUGCAGGUCAUAUUGAAUUCUACAGAUGACGGAUGGACCGUAAGAUCUAAAGGAUGAAGUCUCUUAUUUAACCCUUGUUUUAAGUUCUUGCCAUGUAUUUCCCCUUUGGCUUUCAGUAAUUUUUUUGUACAUUUACAAAUUCUCAAUUAAUGAUAAUUUAUUUUGUAUAA